GCAAAGGAAAGACAUGACGAUUCAAGAUGGCGAAGGACCUGGAUGAGCUCUUGGAUGAAGUCGAAUCCAAGUUUUGCAGACCCGACCCACUGAGACUGGGCAUGGGCGAGCCAUCCAAAGGCCACCGCGUCACCCACAGAAUCGACCGAAACCGAGCCGAGGCGAAAGAGAAGCUCAGAUCAACAGAAACAUUAAAAAAAGAAGAUGAUCUUGACAGUCUUAUUAAUGAAAUAUUUGAAGAGCCCAAUUUCAACCAAAAAAACUUUAAAUUAAAAUCUAAAUCUUCAGGUAACACAUCUGUCAGAGCUUCCAUUCAAGGCCACAGUAAAAGUUGCAGCCCAGUGUACCUUGGUGGAAGCACUCUUCCAUUCGGAAUUGGAACAAAUACUUCACCGAGAGCAUGUGACCAUCUGCGUUGUAUAGCCUGUGAUUUCUGGAUAGUGAACUACAAUGACUAUAUGUGGGACGAAUCAUGUGAUUAUCUGUUUUUUAGGAACAACAUGCCAGAAUUCCACAAAUUAAAAACAAAGUUGGUAAAGAAGAAAGGAUCACGGGCAUAUGCRUGCCAGUGUAGCUGGAGAACUGUUGAAGAACUGACCAACCUGCAGACAGAUCAUCAGCUUCGCUGGGUUUGUGGUAAACAUUGAGACUGCAGCCUUUGACAUUCUGACAAAUGCCUCUAUUAGGGCAGCCUCCAGCCAUCAUCAUGUUUACGUAAAGGCACAUAUCAUAUUAUGCCAUUUGGAAAAAGACAGUGAAUUUCAUUUAACUAUGUAAAUUUUUGAAGAUCAAAUGGACUAGGGAAGAGAAUAUAACACUUUAAGAAUUAAUCCUUUUUGAUGAUAGAUGUUUCACUAAGUAAGAUAACAGAUAUCCAAAUUCUUUGCUCACCUAUCUCCUGUUUAAUGAUAGCAUUUCAUACUAACAUAUAGGCAGCCUUUCAUUAGCAACCACUGCAUUGACAGCUCAGACACUUGGUGUAAACAUUCCUUACUUAGAGCAUUUAAGGGGAUGGAGUUUACCAGGGCACAGAGUCACUGUAGGAUUGGUUAUGGCACUUCCUCCAGUCACUUCUGUUGUUGUCAAAAGAUCAUAACUUAGACAUCUCAAAAACUAGAUGAUAAGCAGCUAACAGAAGGGCAGUCAGGAGUACAGGUAUGUUAUAAAACACUGCCUUAUACCUCAGCAGCUCAAAGCAGCGUAUGCACAAUAAUGACAAGUAUGUGUCACCAGUUUUAACUUAUUUCUCCUCCUUUUGUUCAUUUAGAAUUUAAAAGUUACUUAGCAAAUAUCCAUUUAUAUAUAUAAAGAAUUUUUUUCAAUGUACAUAAAAUCACAARAAUCCUGAUAUAGGUAGGUCAUUAUUGGAUUUUCAAGUACUCUAGCCUUUAAUGCCUAUGAUUCUGUCAAUUGAGCAAGUAAGAUGAUUUUUUCAGGCRAGUACAUGAAAAGGGAAAUAAAGCAGGUAUCAUGUUGGGCUCCCCCUUGAUAUCACUGAGCAACAUGUUUAGAAAAUCAUUAACCUCAAAGUUUCCAGUUCCCAGCACCCUUGAGAGAUUCCAAGGGCCCUGCAAUCUGCCAAAAACUCUAUACCACAAGUGUAUACAAUUUAGUUCAAAUGUGUAACACAGGACACACUGAAAGGGAGUAAUUUUUAGCAAAGUUAUGAUUUCUUGGUCUUAYGCUGACUCCAUUCCAGCCACUCUUCAAAAGCAAGGAAUAUCUAUCUAUUCAUUAAAAGCCUUUUGCUAGCCAUGACACAUUUGUGUAUUUAUAAAACUUAUAUAAGUCUAUCAUUGAAAUAAAACAAAUCUCCUCGUGACCAAUGCUCAUAUUUUUGUA